CGGUCAUUCAACGGCGAAUUGAUACUAUCAGGCAUAUGUCGUGUACUCUGUCAAAUAGCAGUUGGUAAGUCACACGUUUCGACGCAUCUCACAACAGCAGCUUUGCGUGGUACAAGUGACACGCAUGAACGGCAGAAAGGGUGGUGCGUACAUAUGUGCUAAUGUUAAACAUCGAGAAUCCUGAACAACAGCUCUUACACACCUUUCUUAUCGUACAGAUCGACAUAUGUCCGGCUUCGCUACGUCCCGCGGGGAGGCGAAUUUACCGUAUCCUUGUAUGACUGGUAAGGGCCGGCAAGUCGAGGCGGGUGGUGUUUACAGCAAUGACAGCUCCGACUAUAAGAACCGUCGUGCAGUGCGCAAAGCCGAUAAUCAUCAGCUGCCUAUCCAACCAUUAGCCACACUCUCCCUUCCACAAGUGACGUCUUACACGGUCGGCAUAAUGGUCUCGAUGUGGUUACUCGCAAAGGUCUUUGUGGCAUUCGCGCCCUUGACCAGCGUUGCCGCCCAGUACUCCACAGCGCCAGUGCUUCCCGAACUGUUAGAUGCCACUGCAGAUGAGUUGAUUGCCGGACUGAAGGCCGGCCAAUUCACCAGUCUUGACUUGGUGCAGGCUUACGUAGAACGUAUUCUUGAAGUCAAUGCAACCCUGCACAUGGUCACAGAGAUCAAUCCUGAUGCCUGGACAAUUGCGAAAGAGCUCGACGAGGAGCGGUCAUAUGGAAAGGUCCGCGGCCCUCUCCACGGCCUGCCUAUACUCAUGAAGAAUAAUAUUGCCACUGCUGAUGAGAUGAACAAUACUGCCGGAUCAUUCUCACUACUCGGAGCCAAGGUCCCACGCGACGCCACUGUUGCUGCGAAACUUCGUAAAGCGGGUGCCAUCCUGCUCGGCAAGACAAACCUCUCUCAAUGGGCUAAUUACCGAUCCGCAAACUCUUCCAAUGGCUGGUCUGCGUAUGGCGGUCAGACCUAUGGUGCCUACUACCCGGGCCAAGAUCCCAGUGGCAGCAGUAGUGGUAGUGGUGUUUCUGCCAGUCUGGGUCUUGCUUUCGGCACUUUGGGCACAGAGACUGAUGGCAGUAUCGUCUCACCGAGUCAGCUGAAUAACAUAGUUGGUAUCAAGCCAACUGUCGGCCUGACAAGCAGAGCCCUUGUCAUUCCCAUCUCCGAGCACCAGGAUUCUGUUGGUCCUAUGGCACGUACAGUGAAGGAUGCGGCUUACAUCUUGCAAGCAAUUGCUGGACCUGACCAGUACGAUAACUACACAUCCGCCAUUCCGUGGGCCUCAAAUACCACCAAUGCCACAAAGCCGGAUUACGUUGCGGCUUGCAGGCUGGACGCACUGGCUGGCAAGCGCAUUGGCAUUCCUCGCAACGCAAUUGGCGACCGUAACAUCGUCUCAGCCCCCAUCUUCGACGCCUUCGACUCAGCUAUUGCCAUUCUGAAAGAGGCAGGCGCGAUCAUUGUCGACAACACCAACUACACCGCCUACGCGCAAUACUUGAACUCCACCGCCGAGGACACCGUGCUGGCAGGUGACUUCGGCCCCAACCUCGCCGCAUAUCUCGCACAGCUAACAUACAACCCCAAUGACGUCAACGAUCUGGAGGAGGUUCGCAACUUCACGCAGACAUUUCCUGCCGAAGAGUUUCCCUCCCGCGACACCGCAGUCUUCAAUUCAGCGCUAGGGCUGAACUUUACAAACACCGAUCCUCAAUUCUGGGCCGCGUACCAAGAGGAUCUCUUCCUCGGCGGACCUGGUGGAUUGUUGGGUGCGCUGGCCACAUACAACCUCGACGCCGUUGUCCUGCCUACUCGCACCGCAUCGUCCAUCAGCGCCAUCAUUGGCGCUCCCAUCGUCACCGUUCCGCUUGGCGCGUACCCGUCCAACACGACUGUUAUCGCCAACACGCGCGGGAACCUCAACGCUACCGCGCCUAAUAUCCCGUUCGGCAUUACUUUUGCUGGCAAGCACUGGGAUGAGGAGAAUCUUAUUGGGUUUGCGUACGCUUAUGAGCAGCGCUCGAAUGUGAGGACUAAGGUCAAGCCGUACAUUCAGCCCACUAUCGAGUUGGCGGAUGUCAUUAGGUAUAAGAUUAGCAAGCUCUGAGACAGCCAUUCGUAGCUUCUGAAGAACUUAAUCGGUUCACUGCAUC